CCGGUUAUCAACUUAACCUUAUCUCGAGUGUUGGUGUUAGUCUGAAUCCCAAGCCAGUGCAUUUUUCCGGAUUAACUGGAAAAUUAUUUCCAUCAGGAAUUAUUUAGAUUUUGUAAUUUCAACUUAGUGUUAUCUUACUUGUGAAGGGACCAUCAGUUCCAGCGCAAAAUGAGCCAGGCAUUUUUAGCUGCCCUGUUCCAAAGGACUCUGCUCCUCCUCAUACCACAGGAAUGCUACGAUACUCUCUUCGUGCGUCAAGAAUUUUUUGACGUUCCUUGUCUCAAGCUUGCUGCGAGCAAAGGAUUAGGUCUAGCCAUAGUUGCUGGGUCAGUCUUGGUAAAAGUCCCCCAGAUUUUGAAGAUUCUGAGCAGCAAGAGUGCAAAAGGAAUCAGCAUUCUUGGAGUUUUCUUUGAUCUUUUUGCCGUCACCUCUGUUGUUGCAUACAGCUAUGUGAAGCAAUUUCCAUUCAGUGCUUGGGGAGACUCUCUAUUCCUUUUGAUCCAAACUCUCAUCAUCGUCCUGUUAGUCCUUUACUAUUCAGUCUCUAAAAGUCUCACGAUAUCUUUUGCUGUUGCUUUCUUCCCGACUCUGUACGCUUUGCUCAACGGAGGAGUGCCUUUUCAAGCCAUCUGGACUCUGCAAGCCCUCAGCAUCCCUUUCAUGUUCACGAGCAAGCUGGUGCAGGCUUACACGAACUACAAAGCUAAAGGAACCGGUCAGUUGUCUCACACGACUUUCAUCAUGCUGUUCGUUGGAUCAGUCAUUCGCGUCUUCACUUCAGUUCAGGAAACCGGUGACUUCACUGUGAUUUUAAUGUAUGUGUUGGCCUCCCUCGCCAACUUCAUCAUUGUUGCUCAGUUUUACGUUUACAAGAAGAAACCCUCAAAGAAAAAUGCAGCCAAAAAGAAGGCAAAAUCAAAGUCCAAGUAAACACCUUAGAGCCAGGUUUCUUGCAGCCGUCAAUUCUAACAGAAAUGUCAGCAUGGAGCGUAUCCUCUUCAAAAUUUCAUAGGAAUUUGCAGCAUUGAUUUCGCCUACAAACAUUUAGUUUAGCGUUGAUGUUUUAGGGAGGAUUCUCACUCCCUUGUAAAUUUGUAUCAUAGUAGGCAAAUUUCUCCCCCUAUCAGUAAUUAUUUUUAAGCUUCGUAAAGAGAACUUAUCCUCACAGAUUGGUACAGUGAAUAUUUUGUCGCCAACUUUUUGGGGAUUAGAUAUCUAUGGUUAAGGAACAAUACAGCAUAUCUCACAACUUACGAUUUCAUAAGACAAAGGAAAAACUUCACUAUUUUUGCAAUUUUGAGAUUAGAUUUGCAAUUUUUUUUUAAUUUACGGUGUCAUGGCAGUGCCCCCAUGCUGAACAGGUCAGCCACGCAAGAGAUACAGCCAACUGAAUACACUCUCUGAAUGUAACUUCCCUCGAAAACCACGUUGGGCACAUCAAAAAGGUCUAAAAUUCACUCCUUAGCACGCAAUUUGCUUGUGACACCCUUUCUUAAAUUAUGCGAGCAGUUUCUCUUGGUGGCUACCAGUCAGGUUUGCCUGGAGAGAGACCUAACCCAAAUAAACAAACAGUCUCGCUAACUGUUAUAAACUCUCCUUGUGUACGAUUUCAAUUGUUUCAAAUCUUUUGUUUUUGCAAAAUAUAGAAAGAAAAAGGAAACAAACGCUUGAAAACGAUUAAAACCAUAGAAUAAAUAAAGUUAGUGAAAUCGUUUGUUUACUCAGAUUAGUUUUUCUGACUACUGCCUGUGUGGUGUGCAAACCUGGUCGGCGGUUACUGAUAAAAACUGCCUGCAGACGGGGGAAACUUGACAAAGCGUGUUUGUUUAUUUGUAAUUUAUUUAGCUAUAUCUCUUCGCGUGCAACUGACCCAUUGAAAGAAACUAAUAACUUGCGUAUUAUAUAUUGUAGAAUGCAGCACCCUUGCUAAUGCAUUUUCACUAAAAUUGCCAGUAAGGUGGUAUUAUUCCUUAGCCAUUGAUAUGGUUUUCAAUUUGAUACCUAAGUAAUAUAGUCCACAAAUAUAUUGUAAAUCAACGUCGUUAACAGGAACAAUUGAAUGAACCGCUUCGUGUGACAAAAGGAAAAUGAAUUAAACUUAAUUUGAUGGCUUUAGCCAGAAUCAGUGCAACUGUUUUUAAAGUCUUGUACAAUUUCUUGUGACUUUUAAUUUUCUAAACAAAAAUCCAAGCAACAUUGUAACCUGGAGUUUUCUGUAAAAUUACUCCAAUUUAUGGAGAAUGUCUGUACAGAAUUUUAGCACAGCAAUGCUUGUGUAGUUUUUUUUAUGAAAAAUUGAACACGAGAGCAAAUUUAGCAAUGUCAAAUGUUUUCAGGCUGAUUCUAUUUAAUGUGAUCCAAUUAGUUAUUCCAUUGUUCUCAUUCCUAGGUGUCUAACGACUGAGCAAAAAAUAAAAACUGGGUAAACUACAUAUUAUCCAAAUUGUCGGGGACCUACACUGCCAUUCUAAGGAAGAACGCUAUAUGAAUAUUGGAGAGUUGUAAAACUUCCCCAGAUAAAACAUGUAUUUUUGAGGAAAGUUUCGCAUAUUUUUCCUUAAAAUUAUUAGGUAUUCUAGAUGAAAAUGCGAACAUAACUGUCUGAAAAAUUUGAAAGAACUGUCUUCUGAAUACUGAUUCACAAUGUUGUCAGUAGCUCGUUUUUUAUUAAAUGAAAUAUGGCAAUGCCUGAGGACUCAUACGGCGUUCUUAUUUUGCAUGGCAGUACAUGAAGAAUGAUCAAAUUUAUCCUCCCCUAUCUGUCUGUAACCAAAGAAGUUUUUAAAAACAUCCAAAAGAAGAUGUCGAAAAUUAUGAAUUGAAAUACUUGAGUAUCGUAUUAGUAUCUAUCCAUUGUUUACCAAAAACUGUGAGCUCAAUUUGAAAAUUACUGGGUGAAAUGGUUCAUUUUUUCUAUGCAUUUUAGUAUAUCGUUCAUGGCAAAAGUUAAUGAAUUUUCGUUUAUUCUUUUUUUGAAAAUCUAGAUGAACUUAGAAUCUUUCUCCAAAAGUCUGCAAUACAUCAUGUUUUACACUGAUCUCAUAUUUUGUUGCAUUGUCAUAUCGUUGGCUGAAGCGUGGAAAGAUACCAUGGCUGUGAUGCUGUAGAAUUUUUAUCAGCCCAAUAUUUUUUCAACCGGGCACCAAUUUGCUUUUGAAAAUCUCGGUGUUUUCUCAUCUGCUCGAAAAAGAAUCACCGGUACCUCUGGGUAACAUCAUAGUAGCCAAUGAUAUGAUUGUUAGCAAUUAUCUCACAUUCCGCAAUACUGAAGUCUUUGUUUUAGUCAUCUUUCAUGCUGCCGUGUUACUGGAAAGGGCAAUAAAAGCAUGAAUAAAGUUUUAAGAGAAUGUACUUUGUAGUUUGUAAGUAGAAAACAGGAAUGUGGUAGUGACAAAAUCACCAAAACCACCAAGUUGAAAAAAAUCUGCCAUGAGCAUUAGUUAGACUUCUGGAAAUUGCAAGAAUUAUUAGUUAUUGAUCAAGUUCUGCUUCAAUUGUAAUGGUGGUAAUUAUUUUUCACAUUCUACGUAAGACAGGGGUAUCUUGCACCUUCUGCUUGCUCCAGAGGCUAUAAAUCAAAAUAGUAUCGAACAAGUCUGACGGGAGUUCACAAAAAGAGUUCAGAGAAAAUUGAAUAGAAGUUAAGUAGAGCCUGGUGCCUAUUUCACUCUUAUACAGGGUAGAGCGAUUUUACUGCUGUCUUUUGGGAAACAUAAAAUAUUUCUGUAUUUACUGCUUUCUCACAUCUCUCAGUUUUUACAUAAAAGACAAAUAUCAUCGUCUCUCGCAUGAAAGGGCGUAUCUUGUCUGAGCUGUUUCAGUAUUCCUACCAACAUUUUAUUUCCGCAUGAGAAAGUCAUCGCACAAAUUUUUGUCAGCUGUUCUGUUCAUCCAGGUGUAUCCUGAUUUAGUCCAAUUUAGCCAUGCAUACGCUAAUUGCGCAUUUUUGCAUGCUUUAAGCAACGCCAGAAAUCAUGUGAUCUAGGUAACCUAUCUUUUAACUUAGUUUAAGUUUCUUCUCUGUGACAAAAUACUACAUUUCUAUAAUUGAGGUGUUUUAUGGAUGCACAGUGUGCAAGCUAUGAUGGAUCUUGCAAUUUUUUUUUGUCGCCUAAUUUCAAGUGAUCACUGUGUGAUCAAUGAUAUUAGAUUUUUUUUUCUUUUACUAUUUGGAGAGCAAUUUUUGUCAAGUUCUGUCAAAAAACUAAAAUUAUAGUUCUUGACAAAAAAAAAAAAAAAAAAAACCAGUCGCUUUUGUCCCUAAAAAAAGAACUGCAAGGGAUUUGGUUUACUUUUGUGCCUCUAGAAGGCAUGAAUUUAUAAAAUUUUGAACCAGAAACACAUAUUUCCAACAGAUGUUUCUCAGAAUUACAAUUUUGAACGAGGAACUUCAAACUGUAGAACCUCAUCACAUCCCAGCGGAAGGAAUGUGACUUCACACCAAGGUUGCAAAAUUGACUCCAAUAACUCGAUUUUGUCAGAAUUCCAUUUGAAAAUUUCGCUGAUUUUUGCAAGGGAUUUGAAGAAGAAAAAAUCAGUUAGACUAUCGGUUGGAAACGCCUAACAGUGUCCUAGCAAAAAUGAAAUUUGUAGGUGGAAAUUCUGCAGCGUUGAAAUUUAGUUACGUUCUUUCGUCUGUGAGUGGAUGAACUUAGGUCCAGUUUGACAUUCUUGGAUGAUUUAGUUGCUACUUGUUCCGGGAAUACCUUUUUGAGUAUUGGUGCCAACAUCCAAAUUUUGAGUUUUUCUAAAACCACUACAACCUCUUUUGCUAUAGACGGUCACAAGUGGAGAAUUUUUUCUAAAGAAGUCUGUUGGUACUCUGGACAAGGCUUUGCAGCUCACACCAACAAAGAUUGUACAACAUCAAUUGCAAUGCAUCGGUAACGUCUUCUCGGAGCUUUCUUUUGUUCAAGUGCUGAUGGUAAUGCAGGUUAUCAUAGCUCAUGUUUUAAUGAGCAAGUUAGUUUCACUAUUUUAGUUAAGGUUUUUUGUAGCUUUAAAGUAGAUCUAAGUUUUUUAAAGUUAAUUUGAACUUCAUUUCUGAUCACUGUGAUAAAUAUUCAGGGUGUCUACAAGUCCGAAAACCAGGCAUUGUUAGGGAAUUCCUUUAGGGCAGAAAAUUCAGGGAAUUUUAUAAAAAAGACUAGAAAUUUAAAAAAUACUGAAACUUGGUAAAAACACAUGCUGACUGCAAAUUAAACUGAGUCUCAAUCUGGUUUAAGAUUCAGUGCUCUGAGCUACACUUUGAACAGUGAAUAGAGGAAUAAUUUUUAAAAGAAAUUAAAAUUUUUGUCUAUUGAAUGAUUCAUGCCCGAGCAAAAAAAGUUUGCAUGUUUCUGAACUUGCACUAAAAUGAAUGUCAAAAUUUUUUCAUUUUCAAGGAAUUUUGAUCAUUUUGAUCAGGGAAUUUUUUCUCGCUAAGUAACUCUGUAGACACUCCGAUAUUAAAAAGAGCUCCUCUCUCCAAUUGAAGAAAUUAGGAGUAUCAUUCAAAGUUGCUAAGGACCUUGAAAACAUGAUGCAGAAAUUUUUUUUGUAACCUAGAAAAUUAUGGAAUUUUAAAUUUUAUUGUACCUCUUCCAUUUCUUCCCAACGGUGUGUAUAGCUAAUUGAAUCAGCCAUUUCAAAAGCCAUUAAUUUUUUUAUUUGGUGAUGGAAAUUUACUUGAGAGGUAGAACAAAUUUAACGCAAGCCAUUGGGCCAGGGUUAAAGGAAAACUCAAGUCAGGUCAAGUUCAAAAUGUCUGAAUCAAUUAAAAUAGGGUUCUUUUAAUGUCAAAAGUAUGUUCCUGUAAUGAGUGGAAAAUUUUUCAGGUAAUCAUAGAAGAAUCAGGGAGAUUUUUCUUCUUUUUGUUGUUAUAAAAACGUCUUUUUUUAGGAAAAGAGUGAAAAUUAGAUCGGUUUACUGCUUCAUUUUCAGUUUAGAAUCCUUCAAAAUUAUGAGUAGUUGUUAUUAUUCUUCAUGGCUUUUUAUAUUGACAUCUUGAUAUGAAUUAUCCUAGCUUAGUUGCUAAUUAGGUAACAAAUAGACAUUGGAGAGCCAAAGGAUUUUUUACUCCUGCUGCUAUCAAGUAACUAUCUAGACAAAGUUCUGCACAUAAGUUUCAAACAAGUACUUUUUCUGACCUUUAUUUACUUUUUUAUUACAAGUAUUUGAAGUAUUCUUAGAACGAAUUUAGAGUGACUCUACUGCAACAAUAUGUUUUGUAUCACAGUUGUUAGGAUAUUGACUGUAAGCGUUUAGUAUCAGUGAAAUUAAAGACUAUGAUUAUCUCUGUUUUCUUAUUUUAAAUCAAGCUUUCACAUUUUCUCCUCUUCCCUCCGAUCAUGGCACCAAGCCAAGUAUUCUUCUGAAAAAGGCAGAAAAAAGAAAAAUCUUGGCUCAUUGGUUCUUCUGAAAAAGGCAGAAAAAAGAAAAAUCUUGGUUCAUUGGAAAUUUUUUCACUAGUUAAACCUUUUGCAGAACUAAUGUCACUUCCAAUAAGUAGAGUAUCGAUCCUAUCCAAGGCAGCUUGUCCUAUAAGACAGUUCAUAAUAUUUUUGUAUUUAUCUUCCUGUAUUUUUGUUAUUUUUUCCUCUUGAUCUAAAAUUUAUCACCAAUCUACAUUUUGUGAGUUCAGGAAAACUCAUUUGAACUCUAGUCUUUUUGUAAGUAAAGUCAUUUUAAUGAAUGUAUGAUUUUUGCUGAUCCUAAUGUGUUAUUGCGAAAUGUCUCUCAUAAGAUUGAACAAUAAAAACUAGUUUAUACAUGC